AAGUAGAUGAAAAUUGGUUGUUGGUAAGGAAUGAUGGGGGUGAAACAGGUAUGUGUCCUGUAGCAUUUGUUGAUAUAAUUGGAGCACCACCAGACUUACCUAUGGCAUCUCAUGACAGUAAUUACAAUGAAAUUAAAACAAAACAAUCUGAAAGUGAAGUCAAUAAUGAGCCUACUGUAGAAGGAAAAUCUACAGAAGAAAACAAUAAAGAUGUUGUUGCAAAACUUCCAAAAUCUGUCAAUAAUAUACAUCAUAGUAUUUCUACCAAGAAAUCCAAUUCAAACGUGAAACCUCUGCUUAAACCAAAACCUGUAUUAGCACCAAAGCCUGCACUCAAACCCAAACCGUCCCUCAGCCCAAAGCCAUGGGCAGCCAGUGUUAGUCAUAAGCCAGUAACAUUUGAUCCAAAUUCAAGUAUUCCAAAAUCAGUAUCUUCCAACACUUUAUCAUCACAUUCUGCUGAAGAAGAUGUUCCAGACUGUGCAAAUGGUUCACUGACAAAAGCUCAGUCAAUGUUUGAAAUAAAUAACCAGUCUGAUGAUAAAUUAACUCAUGAAACCAGUCACAUAGAAUCAAAGGGGAGUAACCAGGGAAGUUUAGGUUCUCUAACUAUUACAAAAGACAAAACUGACCCUACAGAUUCACCAGCUGAAUCAAAGAAAACAUUUGAGGACUGGGAUUUAUCUAAACCUCUAGAUUCUUUAUUACAAAGUGAAUUUAUAAGAGCUAAAGAGGAAGCAGAUACAAAAUCAAGGGGUAGUUCAUUUCGUAGUUCAGGGUCAUCAGUGCAUUCUCAAAAAAGUAUUCAAGACUCUGGCAUAAAGGGUGUUGAUGAGGUAGAUCGUGCUUCCAGUUUUCAUAGUUCUACCAAAGGGAAUUAUUCUAGAGAUAACUUUGAUGACGGUUUGUCAUUUGGAAAUUCUACAUUUUUUGUAUCAGAAAAUAAAACUGAACAGAAGCGUGGCCCUCAUUUAAGGAAGCCGCCACCUGCUCCUGGCAGGAGUAAUGUUAAGGAGACUGAUUUUACAAGGAGACCUUCAUUGAAGAAACCUGCUCCUCCAAGACCUGUUGGUCCUAGAAUAGCACCUGCCCCAUCUAAGAUCCCUAUUAUACCAACAAGUGCUGUUCCUACAAAGAACCUGCCUAGUAGACCGGCCCCUGCUCAGCCAGGUUCAGUCCCAGCUCGAGGGCCAAGGAAACACGCCCGACCAGCCCCGCCAAGACCAGGGGCAACACCAAACAAACCUGGUGAAGAUCUGAUGGGAUUUAGCCCCACAAAUACCUCUCUCUAUGUUGGUGAAGAAGAAGAAGAUACAGAAGCUGUUCAGGAGUUGAGAACAAGGAUCCGACAUUUAGAAGCUGAUAUACAAGAAUUUGAGAAGUCAAAAGCAGAGUUACAUCAGAUGCAAGAAAAUGUUGGUGAGAAUGAAGAUUUAGAAAUCCAUGAAAACAUUCAGUUCUAUGAGGAUAAUAUAGCAGGAUUUAAAGAGGAACUGAAAACAUUGAAAGAACAGUUAGCUGUAGAGAGUCCAAGAGAGAGAAACAAGAUGGAUGAAGAGAGGAAAUUAGCAGAGAGGAAAAUACAGGAGGAGAGAUUGAGAGAAGAACAAAUAAGGAAGUCAAAGGAGAUGAAAGCUGAGAGAAAAGAGAAGAGACGGAAAGUGAUCAUGGAGUUAUUACAAACGGAGAAAGAUUUUCUGACAUCGUUAAAUCUUAUCAUGGAGACAUUUCAAGGACCGACAGCAGAAAAGCAUAAGGAGGUAGAUGUUCUGAUGAUGUGUGGUAAUAUAGAGGAAGUGGCAGAGGUCUCGCAGAAACUUCUUACCAAACUAGAAGAUGCCACAAAUGGCAAGGACUUUUCUCAGCAGGUUAUAGGAGAAAGUUUUGUGAUGUUGGCGGAGGACAUGAAGAAUGUAUAUGCUCCGUAUUGUAGGAAUCACGAUGAUGUCAUCACCCUUAUUGAAAAGUAUAAUCAGAAUGCUGACAUAAAGGCAUAUCUGGAGAGGUUGUUAGAUAGAUUAAGGGAGAAACAUGUAGUAUUUGACCUCGAGGCACUGCUCAUUAAACCUGUACAACGAAUACUCAAAUAUCCACUGCUGCUAAAUGAACUGCUCAAGAGUACAGAAGAUGAACAUCCAGAUAAGAAGGAAGUGAUGAUAGCUAUUAAAGCUAUGACAGAUGUUGCUUCUGCCAUCAAUGAAUACAAACGGAGGAAAGAUCUGGUAUACAAGUACAAGAAGGAUACUGAUGUAUCCCUGGGUGAAAAAUUUUCUAAACUCAGUCUUCAUUCUAUUAAGAAAAAAUCAUCUCGUAUAAAAGAAAGGUUUUCUGCCAACCUUGGUUUUAUUGAACAGACUAGGGAUGCAGAAUUUGACAAGGAGGAAUCGAGGUACCGACACCUAGAGAAAACUGUGCGAGUGUUUAUAAAGGAUGUACAAUUGUACCUGGAGGAAGUUCAGAAUGUAGUGAGUUGUCAGGAAAGUAUAACUACGGAUAUUGAAGAUUUCUAUGGUGAGAAACGUGACAUGGUAGAAGUAGAGAGAUAUCAGAGCUUCUAUAACCAGAUACAUAUGACAUUUCUACCUAACUUUAAAAUUGAGGUAGAUGAACUGGUGGUGUUACCUCUAGGACAGAUGACACAGAUGUUUGAAGGUCCUAACAAGGUCAUCCAGAAAAGAUAUGAUAAACUACUGGACUAUGAUAACUUGAAGAGAAAAUCCCAGAGUGACAAGGUAUUUGAGAAACCAAUGCAGUCAGCAAAGCAGAAUUAUGAAGCAUUAAACGCCCAGUUAUUGGAUGAGUUACCAAGGAUGUACAGUCUGGCUAGCAGGUUAUUUCGAGAUUGUGUCGGCUCAUUUGUACGAGCUCAGAGAGAAUUCUAUGAUAAAAUGUUACAACAAAUGUAUGCUCUGCUAGAGUUGGGAAUGUUGAACGAGGAGAAUAUAAUAGAGGAAUUUAACAUCAAACAUACAAGUGUAGUUGACAAACUGGCUAUGUUAAGUUUCAUGCCUAAAACAUUUUCCCCAAGAGUUGCUGAUCAAAAACAAGAGAAGAAAAACAAGCGCAUGUCACUUGAUUCAUCUAUGCUUCGAUCGACUGAAGCUGUACCUCAGAUUGAUAGUCAGAGAAUCUUUGUCACUCAGAAGUAUCCUGCCAACAAACUGUUCCGAGUCAGUGAGACGCAUAUUGCUGUAGAUGCACUGGACAUCUCAUUAUGUGAGGGUGAUGUAGUGGGAGUUAUUGUAGAGAAAGAUCCCAUGGGAAACAAAGAAAGAUGGUUUGUGGAUAAUGGAGCAUCUAAAGGUUUUAUAUCUAAGAAGUUAUUGAUACCAUAUCAACCAUCUCCAGCCCGACCUCUGUCACUAGGUGAAGACCUGCUACGACCAUCACAGGGGAGUUUGUCCCCAGUUUCCCCUAAAUCUAGUCAAUCACCAUGGCCAGCUGCUCCUAGUCCAGUGAUACAGUCUACAGGAAGUGGAUCAGUGUUACAUACUCUACCAGAAGCUGACGACAUUGACUUUGCUCUUGACGAAGACAUGGCUCCAGAUUUAGGAGACAUAAAUCAAGGAUAUGUACAUGAUAACUUGACUGCUGAUUCCCCAUCUGUCAUUGCUUGGAAUACUGCCUCCCAGCAAGUGGAAGAGGAACCUGAGCCACUGAAGUUACCAGCACUGUUUUAUGCAGAAUAUGCAUUUAGUUCACGCAAUGACAAUGAGGUUACACUGUUUGAGCACCAAGUUGUUACGGUGAUAUCCAUGCAUGAUCAGGAGGGAAAUCCAGAAUGGUGGUACGUAGAAGCAGACGGGCAUUAUGGAUACGCACCAGCCUCUUAUCUUCGUAGAAUGGACGCAACAUGAAGAGUUAUUUUUGCUGUUGUUUUUUUAUAUCUAAGUUGAAGUUCUUUUAAAACUUUAUUUACAGAGAAGAAUUUUUUUUUUAAUCAUGUUUGCUUAAUUUUGGUGUAUGAUAGAGCAAAGUAUUUCUUAAUGGUGAUUUUAAAUUGUGUAUUUAAUUCUACAUAAUUGGUUGUAAUUAUCCACCUAUUGGCUUACAGAGUGAACCUUUCUAUUAUUUGUCUGUGUAUAAACUUUGAGAUUACAUAAAUAAAUGGAUCACUUAUGGUAGCUAUAUACAUGUUUGUUGAAUAGUUCAGGUAAAACAACAUUAUAAUCUAUCAUUCAUCUCGAGACAGUAACUUACAUAAAUACAACAUUAGCAAGUAAUAUUGUUUGAGUAAACAUGACUGCAUCAUGUUAAUAUAUAAAAUUGAACCUUGAAACUUACGCAAAUAUGAGCCAUGUCACGACAAACUCAACAUAAUG